AUGUCGACAAUGACCUCUUCGGUCAUGGUCCAGUCUCCGACUGUCAUGUCGACGCAUUCUGUACCUUCCCCCGCGAGGGCCAAAGGGAUAGGCAGCGUCGUCUCCAGUCCGUCUCCUUCUCCACAGUCCUCGGCUCAAAAGCGGACCCGACAUCUCCACAGCUUGUCCUCUAGCAUUGCAGAGAGCUCGAGCUCAUCUGCGAAAGGGCUGCUCAUACCCACCGAUAGGACACUGGAAGAGUUAGAGACAUGGCUGCCUCGUCUUGGUCGGCUCAAAGUAGCUCGAGAAGUCAGCUUACCUGGAUUCUCCCUCUAUGCCGUCAGACAAUGGUACCUCUCGCGGACCCAAUUCUCCCACACCAUCGUGUCCUACACAGGCAAGCAGUCAGAGAGCAUAUCUGCGUAUCUCCUCGUACCGAGUCCCGACCUGUCCUCUGUUGAAGCCACCGAAGAGCUCUCAGCGGCUACAAGACGUCUCGCAUCCGAGUCUCACUCUCAUCCUCGCUUGACGGAACACGGCACACUUCUCGUCACCACGCCCUCUUCUUUUGGUCAAGAUGUCAUCCUCAUUCCCAGUGGAGACUUUCGCGAGGCCAAACCCUACAUCGUCAUCAAUACUGGUCUCAGACGUCUAGGCUGUGGAGGUCGGGCCCUUCUGGGCAUGGAAGCGCCAGUUCCCGCGAUCCGACGUAAAUUCUACGAUCUGUAUCGACUGCCCAGUCCGGGACCUACCAACCCUCUCUCCCGGACCGUAUCUCCCACUUCCUCCCCUGUCAAUACCAAUCCUGUCCAGUCUCCCAUCAGUCUGAACAUGGCCAUGGACCCAUUCACCAUCAUGCUCAUGGAAAUCAUCAAGCUCUUGCAAUCGGCUCUGAUACUGUGGGGUCUAUGGGAUCAGGACCUACCCGUCGACGGAUUAUUCUGUGACGAGACGAAGAAGAGCAUCUUUGACUGGCGACGGGCCAUGGGCAUGGAACAUGAAGAGUCUAUGCGACUCGAGAAGGAAACAAGUGGAGGAUGCAUGGACCCCAAGACCAUGGCGGCGGUUCUCAGCUCCAUCACCAGCGUACGGUAUCAGCUCGCCGCGCUGGGAGCCGAUCGACUCCCCAAAAAUCCAUUCACCAACACGCGCAAGUUUCUCCAGGCAUGGCACAUUUACCAGUUCUCCCUCGGAAUGGGCACCGACACACCCCACUUUCUCUCCGUCCACUCUGUCCGCCGCCUGACUAACGACUACCUCGGUUAUCGCACUCGCCAUCCUGAUGCAUUCAAAGUCCCAAGACUCCUCGUCUCCGGCGUCACAGCUGCCACCUCGUCAAUCACAGCCAACCUCAAAGGCGCUGCCGAGGAUGCGCCGCUCAGAAAAAGAGAGCAUCACAUGCGCUCACUAGACGAUGCCGAUACAGAGUCAGGCCUCUGCCUGAUCAUUCCCGAAGGCGAGGUUGGCACGGUUGCUCCGCCAGACAUCAUCACGACCGACCUUGACGCCUACAUCAAGUGCAUACUCAAGAGUCGUCAGAAAGAGUGGGACGUCAUGGGAGCUCGACGCGUCGCGUGGUUGUGGUCAGGAGACAUUGAUCUCAGGCGAAAGCCCAGCAAUCGAUUGGAGAGGGUCAUGGGCAUCCGGUCCACCAAACAAGAUCCUACAAAGUCGGAUGACGGAAGUGAGAGUGCAACGGGUGGGACCGGUGGACCCAGAGCGGCGUUUGACAAGGUGACCGCGGUCACCGGGCACGUCCUGAAGGGAGGUCUGGGUCUCGUCAGUGGUCGACGCACUACCAUGGACGAGACAUCAGAAAGCGACACGAAUGGGCCUGGAGCUGGAGGGAGUCUUCGACAGACCCUCAUGCGGCGGAAACAGAGCAGCAAUGUUCCCACUGUGACGGAGCCCAACGGGCACGAUGCGCAUGAUCUGGCCUCGAUCCGCAAUUCACCGUCUCGGGUCCAUAUCGACCGCGUGGUCGCGUCUUCCACGCGACCCUCCAUGGCAACCCGUACUUCGAAAGGGUCAAAACGUCCGUCCAUCAUGACGACGUUUUCCCUGGACGAAUCGGAUCGUUCACUCCGCGCCGCGAGCCAUGUAGACGAUGGCUUGAAUGGCGACGCUGAAGGGUCAAGAACCCGGCAUCCAGCCUCGUUACGACUAGCGCGAUCAAGAGUCAUGUUGCGAACGACGAGUGACGGAGCGGAUGUGGUGCUCGAAGAUGGUGCGCCCGAGUGGAAAGUCGUCCGUCCGCACGGAUCGUUCAAAGGCCAGCGAGGCGUCGACAAGAAUAUCACGGCUUUAAAGAGAACACGCUCUCUACAGGACCGGUUGUUCUACCGCGAUCUGCUUAUUUCGCCGGCGGAGCAUCUCGCCAUCGACGUCGAGAUGUGCAAUGUCGUGUCUGAACUCCGGAUACGAGAAAAGCGCCUGGCCCAACGGGCCAAGGAUCUCAAGACCCUCGAGGAUUCUGUCUUUCGAGCUUGUCAAGACUUUCUCGAUGGGAUACGAGCCCGUGCUCCUCGGGUCAACGAACUCCAGACCCAGGCCGAUGACCUCUGCAGAGAGAUCCACAAGGCUCUCGACGACAUUGAUGACGAUGAAAAGCUGCAAUGGGCCAACAAAAAGAUCAAAUUCUACCUCUCGGAAGAUACCAAUCUCAAUGAGCUCAUGUGGAACUUGCGCUCUCUCGAGAGGGAUUGGGAACGAGUCAGGCGGAAAGUCGAAGAAGGCAGAGAGGCGAUCGAAGGGAACGAGGAGAGGUCCAAUUGGUGGCGAUUUGGCCUUUAA